AUGGCCGCGGCGGUGGCGGUGGCGGCCGCGUCCCGGCGGCAGUCGUGCUACCUGUGUGACCUGCCCCGGAUGCCCUGGGCCAUGAUCUGGGACUUCACCGAGCCCGUGUGCCGUGGCUGCGUCAACUACGAGGGUGCCGACCGCGUCGAGUUCGUCAUCGAGACGGCGCGGCAGCUCAAGCGGGCGCACGGCUGCUUCCCAGAGGGCCGCUCCCCGCCCGGCGCCCCGGCCACGGCCGCCGCCAAGCCGCCGCCGCUCUCGGCCAAGGACAUCCUCCUGCAGCAGCCUCAGCCGCUUGGCCACGGCGGCCCCGAGGCAGCCCCGCGCGCCCCUCAGGCACUGGAGCGCUAUCCCCUGGCGGCCGCCGCCGAGCGGUCCCCGCGCCUCGGCUCCGACUUUAACAGCAGCCGCCCGGCCGCUGGCCUGGUCCAGCCGCAGCCGCCGCCAGUGAACGGCAUCCUGGUGCCCAACGGCUUCUCCAAGCUGGAGGACCCGCCCGAGCUGAAUCGCCAGAGCCCGAACCCGCGGCGCGGCCACGCUGUGCCGCCCACCCUGGUGCCGCUCAUGAAUGGCUCGGCCGCGCCACUGCCCGCCGCGCUCGGCCUCAGCGGCCGCGCCGCCGCCUCCCUGGCUGCAGUGUCCGGGGCAGCGGCCGCCGGCCUGGGCUCGGCGCAGCCCGGAGAACUGGGCGCCCACAAGCGGCCGGCGUCCGUGUCGAGCAGCGCGGCCGUGGAGCACGAACAGCGCGAGGCAGCGGCCAAGGAGAAGCAGCCGCCGCCGCCCUCGCAUCGUAGCCCGGCCGACAGCCUGUCCACGGCUGCCGGGGCCGCCGAGCUGGGCACAGAGGGCGCGGGCAAAAGCCGCGGGCCCGGAGAGCAGGACUGGGUCAACAGGCCCAAGACAGUGCGAGACACGCUGCUGGCGCUGCACCAGCACGGCCACUCGGGGCCCUUCGAGAGCAAGUUUAAGAAGGAGCCGGCCCUGACUGCAGGCAGGUUGUUGGGUUUCGAGGCCAACGGGGCCAACGGGUCUAAAACAGUUGCAAGAACAGCAAGGAAGAGGAAGCCUUCUCCAGAACCAGAAGGUGAAGUUGGGCCCCCUAAGAUCAAUGGGGAGGCACAGCCUUGGCUGUCUACAUCCACAGAAGGGCUCAAGAUGCCCAUUACUUCUACAUCGUCUUUUGUGUCACCACCACCACCCACUGCCUCACCUCAUUCCAACCGGACCACACCGCCUGAAGCGGCCCAGAAUGGCCAGUCCCCUAUGGCAGCCCUCAUCUUAGUAGCAGACAAUGCAGGGGGCAGUCAUGCCUCAAAAGAUGCCAACCAGGUUCACUCCACUACCAGGAGGAAUAGCAACAGUCCACCCUCUCCGUCCUCUAUGAACCAAAGAAGGCUAGGCCCCAGAGAGGUGGGGGGCCAGGGUGCAGGCAGCACUGGAGGACUGGAGCCUGUGCACCCUGCCAGCCUCCCGGACUCCUCCCUGGCAGCCAGUGCACCCCUGUGCUGCACCCUCUGCCACGAGCGGCUGGAAGACACCCACUUUGUGCAGUGCCCGUCUGUCCCUUCGCACAAGUUCUGCUUCCCUUGCUCCAGACAAAGCAUCAAACAGCAGGGAGCUAGUGGAGAGGUCUAUUGUCCCAGUGGGGAAAAAUGUCCUCUUGUGGGCUCCAAUGUCCCCUGGGCCUUUAUGCAAGGGGAAAUUGCAACCAUCCUUGCUGGAGAUGUGAAAGUGAAAAAAGAAAGAGACUCGUGAUUUUCUUGUUUCAGAAAAACCUAAUGAUUACCCUUAACUAAAACUGCUUGAAUUGUAUAUAUAUAUAUAUAUCUCUCUCUCUCUUUCUAUAUAUAUAUAUAUAUAUAUACACACACACACACACACUUGUGUGUGUAUAUAUAUAUAUAUAUCCAAGACAAAGGAAAUGUAGACUUCAUAAACAUGGCUGUAUAAUUUUGAUUUUUUUGAAUACAUUGUGUUUCUAUAUUUUUUUUGACAACAAAAGGUAUGUACUUAUAAAGGCAUUUUCUUUCAUAACAUUAUUAGCUUAUCUUUGUGCUUUAUUAUUCUGGUGACAGUUACCGUUCAAUGUAGGCUAUGACUUGCGCUGCUUUUUUUAGAGCACUUGGCAAAUCUGAAAUGCUUCUAGCUGUAUUUGUAUGCACUUAUUUUAAAAGGAAAAAAAAUGCCAAAUACAUUUUCUGACAUUGUAAGAUUGCCUUACUGUCUGUUAUUCCUUAUUUGCUGGCCCCUUUCUCAGGCUGGAGGCCAAUUGGUGGAGAAGGAAAGGAGAUUAGUGAAAGGGGCACUGUCGUGAAGUGGGCAUACCACUGGGAAAUAUCACCAAGUAUUCCCCAUAAUGUUGUCCUCCUAGACUAAUAGAAAAAGAGAUUCGAAUCUUUCUCUAUUUUGUUCUUAAAGUUUUAAAAGUUGUUCAAAUAUUGGUGACUGCCUGAGAGUUGCUGCUGAGAAAUUUUCAGGGCCAUGUGGUUUUGGUGGGGUGGUUUUUUAAGACAAAGUUGACCACCACUUGCUGCCCACGUGAUCAGUUGUGAGCUUACAAUGCUGCAUGCUAGUUGGUUACAUAAUACACAGUCCAGUGACUGAGGGCGGUGAUAAUGGAUGGUGGUGUGUACAGGGUGGCACUGCCAUCUUUGAACAGAGCCUGGCUCUGCAGCGCCACUUCGUUUCAGACACCCUAGAGCUCUGUCUGUCUGUUCCUUUGAGAGAGUUGCCAGAGAAGUUAGGGUCCAGGUGAACUUGGAGAUUGUGGGAUUGGUUUUGUUCUGUUUUGUGUUUCGUUUUGUUUUUCAUCAUUUACCUGUAGUGCUUUUGCUGUUGAUACUAUCACCCACACCCUGUUUCUAGUGAGUGCUAAAUACAGUAUGGUACAGUGACAGGAACCGCGCUUGGUGCUGCCAGGACUGCCCAUGGGCAUAUCGGUGACAGCCCAGAUGGAGGUGAAGGAACCCUGUAAUUUCCUUCUUAAUGUGUGUUUGAUACCAAGUGAAUAAUAAUACUGUUCUUUUGAAAAAAAAAAGUGAUAAACUAGUGAAAAUUAAAGAAAGGGUUUUACAUAAUAGGCCCCACCUCAAACUAUUUUUAGAAGCUUUUGUAAACUAAUUUCUUUUGAUCACUCUUUUGCAUCAGUAAAAUGAUUUUUUUAAACCAAUAAAUCAUCAUAUACUAGAAAUAGUUGUCUCACAGUGAUACUGGUUUUUCUUUUGUGCUGUUAUGAUUUAACAUUGGCAGGAGCACUAUUUGGAAUUCUCUUUUCGGGUGUUUGUAACUUGGCCCUAUAAUUAGGCUGAAUCAUGGCUUCAAGAUAUACUACAAGUUAACUUGUAUUAUUCACACCUAGCCUCUGUUUUCAUUUGAAAGUAUAGAUUGUUACCCACUUUGGAUUCUUUUUUAGUUAUGUUUUUGUCUUUCUUAAAUUGCUCAAAUAUUUUUUAGUGGUCGAGUUAUUAACACUUGAAAAUCAGAUACUGCACCAAAUACAGUAUUUUUUGGUAGUGUUUUUAAUGAGUUCACCUAUUCUUAAUGUGCAAAUUCAUGUAACUGGUCAUUGUUAUAUUACAAACAGACUUGCAUGAUUAACCAGUUGUUACACUUUUUUUUAAUUGGAGUAUCUGUGACUCAGAUCAGACUGGUUUCUCUUAUGGAAAUGCACACGUGCAGAAACACAGAGUCAGUUUUACAUGUGCAUAAAGACAUUUGUAAAGAAUUCAACUAUUAUGGUUUGUUGUAUAAAUGUGUAUUUAGGCACUUUAUUAUAAACUGGAAUUUGACCUCAUUGACGUUAUAAGUUGAUCAGUCAUUUGACCUAAUAUGUGGCAGCCAUCUGUAUAUUUUGCAGUCAAUACAGAUAAGCUUUCCAAAAUGAUUAAUGAAGAAACAUCCUGCUGUUUUUGAAUAAGUCUGUUCCGCUGUGGAAAAGACAAGCUAUGGGUUCCUCUGUACUGGUGUUUAAGGGGGAGACUGAACAGCUUUAAAGCGCUGUGUGCUGAGGUUACUUUUAUUAAAAACAAGGUCUGCACAGGUGCGACUGGCCCUUGGGGGGCCUUUGUGGAAGGCUUGCAGCUGUAAAGUGUUGAUCUGUGUUACUUUUUUGACAUUCUCAUAAGCUUAAAAGUUAAUAACAUUGGGACAUGGGUUUGAUCUUGUGUUGUACCUGAUGACAGUGCAGAGAUUCUCCACAGCUGGAUAAAAUGUCAGAAAGCUACUUACUGUACAUGGGCAGUAUCAGAUUUCAAAUCCUAGUAUUUCAGCUGUGCUUUUAAUACUCAAAAUAUUAGGGGUAGGGGUAUUGAAGCUUUCCCCUUUUUGCUUUAACAAUUUGUAGAAUUUAACAGAUGUACUUCUUUCAUGUGGCCUCACAUUAAAAGUUAUGAGAACAUACACAUGGUUUACAACUUUUAUUAUAUACCUUUCCUUGGCCACCAAGUAUUUUAAAAGUGUGCCACCUUUUAACCUUUACUUUUUUUUAAGUUAAAGGUGAUAACUUUUUCUAUAUAUGAUGAAACUCAUGUCAACUGAAGUGAGUGUAAUCUCAGAUAUCAACAUUAUUAUAUUUUAAAAUCACGCUAUGGAAAUAUCACCUGCUUUCUGUCAUUUGUCAGAUUUACAGUACUUUUUUUUUUCUUUAACUUUUAGCAUUAAAUAAAAAUAAAAUUGGGAUCACUGAA